CUCGGCUGGCCAAUGCCCGGCCUGGCGGGCGGGCGGGCGAUGGCGGAGGAGAAGAAGCCGAAGGUGGGCAGCGCGCAGCUGCCCACCGAGUCCAUGAAGGUGAUGGCCGAGUCGGUGGGCAUCGGGCAGGUGCCCGAGGAGACGUGCCAGCUGCUGGCGGACGAGGUCAGCUACCGCAUCAAGGAGAUCGCGCAGGACGCGCUGAAGUUCAUGCGGAUGGGGAAGCGGCAGCUGCUGACCAUGGGCGACGUGGACCUGGCCCUGAAGCUGAAGAACGUGGAGCCGCUCUACGGGUUCCACGCGCAGGAGUUCAUCCCGUUCCGCUACGCCAGCGGGGGGGGCCGGGAGCUCUACUUCUACGAGGAGAAGGAGAUGGACCUGAGCGACAUCAUCAACACGCCCCUCCCGCGCGUCCCCCUCGACGUUUGCCUCAAGGCACACUGGCUGAGCAUUGAGGGAGUUCAACCGGCCAUCCCCGAAAACCCACCUCCGGCCCCCAAGGAGCAGCAGAAAGCCGAGGCUACCGAGCCUUUGAAGGCAGCCAAGCCGGGCCAGGAGGAGGAGGAGGGAGCUCUCAAGGGCAAAGGACAGAGCGCCACCCCGGCCGAUGGCAAAGGCAAGGAGAAGAAGGGGCCCCUUCUGGAAGGAGCCCCCCUGAAGUUGAAGCCCCGCAGCAUCCACGAGCUCUCCGUGGAGCAACAGCUCUAUUACAAGGAGAUCACGGAGGCCUGUGUGGGAUCCUGUGAAGCCAAGCGAGCGGAAGCCCUUCAAAGCAUUGCCACGGACCCCGGCCUCUACCAGAUGUUGCCCCGAUUCAGCACGUUCAUCUCUGAGGGGGUAAGAGAAUGA